CAGAUAUAUGAUUUAAUUUACGUGAUUGGAUCGUCAGAGCAGAGGUCUCACUUGCAGUCAAGUAGCGUUCUCGAGACGGGACUCAGAGUGAGACAUCCUCAACUCAUAGACAGACAUCAUGAUGGGUGACCUUACCCCCGAGUCUACUCCUCCUUUCUUCACUGUCGCCGCCAUCCUACCUUCCUCGUCCGACGACGCAAUCACAAUCCUGCACAGAGCAUACUGUACGGUGUUCAGCAGAAACUUCGUUCCUGCCAGGGACCAUCUCCUGCUUUGGAUACAAACCUGUUCUGCCCUAGGGGUGAACGAUAGCGUCGUGGAAGAACUACGAGAGAUUCUACUCUACUUGCCUGACCUCACCUGGCAGAACGUCGCUCGGGUUGUAGGCCUUGGCCCCUCUUUGGGGAAUGAACAGCUAUCCGAAAAACCUAUCCAAACGUUAUUCCUACCCAUUACUUUCGUAAACACGCUUCUAGGUACUGUGCAGCGCUCUUCUAGAUAUCGCAGGGACAGGCAAGGGUAUGUCCACCUCGGGUCGACGGCUGUUAAAAGUAUAUUACUCGACCUAUUACGUGGUUUCGUUUAUGACAACGAAGGGGAGGAUCUGGAUACGUCUUACUUUGACUUUGAGCUAAGGAUCUUAGGGAAUGCUGUCCUUCUCGUUGUGGAAGCCAAGCGAUCUGCGUCGUCGGAAGUACACGCUCAGGCUCUUGCCGAGGCGACAUGUACAGUGCUCCUUUUCAUCGUCUAAAAUCCGACUUCUAAUUGCAGUCAGGUUUGGCGGCAUCGAAUAGCCGUUUAGGAUACUCACUCCCAAUCCACAUCGUCAUCACAGACCGAGCGGAAACGACAUUCUAUACUUACGACCGUAAGCAGCCCCCUCCAAUUCCAAUUGCU